CCUGUCUUCGACUUCCCUCGGGAAUCCCUUCCUAAGUUUGUCCGGUUCGGUCUGUUUUCUUUUUCAUUUGUCUUCAUCGCGUUCUUGUGUACGUGUAGGAGUGUUCUCUGUAGCCUCUGAGUGCCCGUUGGUAACAAUUCUCCCACUUGAGACGCUUUCUCUUGCUCGCCAUCCCCUCUAACCCGGCGAAUCUCUGAUCCUAGAGAAUGUCUAACGCGCUUUGACUGGCCCUGUUCCCUGGUUAUGGCAAGCCUUUCUACCUGUCGCACCCACCACCAAAUCUCUUGACUGAUGAGCCUCUCCCCCCAAGAACCGUAACACAGGAGCUGUCCUCUGAGACUCUGGAUGACUUUAUUCUUCACAUGGCUUUAGCCUCCCAAUAGCUCCAAGGUGAGACUGAGAGCAAGCACCCAGCCCAUCCCUCUCUCCAUUGUCUGAGCAGGUCACAGAGGGAAGCCGGCGGGACGCUGACAGAGUCUGACAGCCCUUCUGUGGGUGGAGUACGCGUGCCCCGAGUCACAGGGUGCUUUGGGUCUGCCACAGGGGGCGAGGAGAUGGAGACGGCAGACAGGGACCCUCCAUUCCCCAUAUCCAGGAAAAUGUGAUGAGCUACAGGUUUCAGCUUCUAGAUCACCACUUAACAUUCUAGCUACAAGUGGAGAAUCCAAGGGCAGCAAGGUCCAUCAGAAAGAUGUCUGAAGAAAUGGCAGACCAAAGAGAAGAAGGAGAAGCUGGGGAAAAAGAGGCAUGCAGAGACCAGAUCAAAGAAUCCGACAAAGAAGAGGAACCACCAGCUGCUUCGUCCCAUGGCCAGGAGUGGCGUCCAGGUGGCAAAGCACCUAGGAACCCAAAGCCUGAACCCGGGGUCAGACCCCCUGCACUCCCCGUCAUGGUCAAUGACCCACCAGUACCUGCCUUACUGUGGGCCCAGGAGAUGGGCCACGUCAUGGCAGGCCGUGCCCGCAAGCUGCUACUGCAGUUUGGAGUGUUCUUCUGUACCAUCCUCCUCCUGCUCUGGGUGUCUGUCUUCCUCUAUGGCUCCUUCUACUAUUCCUACAUGCCGACAGUCAGCCACCUCAGCCCUGUGCAUUUCCACUACAGGACGGACUGCGAAUCCUCCACCUCCUUACUCUGCUCGUUCCCUGUUGCCAAUGUCACACUGGCUAAGGGUGGACGUGAUCGGGUACUGAUGUAUGGACAGCCGUACCGCGUUACCUUAGAGCUUGAGCUGCCAGAGUCUCCUGUGAAUCAAGAUUUGGGCAUGUUCUUGGUCACCAUCUCAUGCUACACCAGAGGCGGCCGGAUCAUCUCCACCUCGUCACGCUCCGUGAUGCUACAUUACCGCUCAAGCCUGCUCCAGAUGCUCGACACACUGGUCUUCUCUAGCCUCCUGCUGUUUGGCUUUGCGGAGCAGAAGCAGCUCUUGGAGGUGGAGCUAUACCCAGAAUACAGAGAAAACUCGUAUGUGCCGACCACUGGAGCCAUCAUCGAGAUCCACAGCAAGCGCAUCCAGAUGUACGGAGCCUACCUCCGCAUCCACGCCCACUUCACUGGGCUCAGGUACCUACUGUACAACUUCCCGAUGACCUGCGCCUUCGUAGGUGUCGCCAGCAACUUCACCUUCCUCAGCGUCAUUGUGCUCUUCAGCUACAUGCAGUGGGUGUGGGGGGGCGUCUGGCCCCGGCAGCGCCUCUCUUUGCAGGUAAACAUCCGAAACCGAAAACGCUCCCGCAAGGAAGUCCAGCGAAAGAUCUCUGCCCAUCAGCCAGGAGGCACAGGGCCCCAAGGCCAGGAGGAGUCCCCCCAGCUGUCACCUGUUACAGAGGACGGUGAGAGCCACGUGGAUCCCUCUGGGACAGAAGGCCAGCUGUCUGAAGAGGAGAAAACAGACCAACAGCCCCUGAGUGGCGAGGAGGAACUGGAGCCCGAGGCCAGUGAUGGUUCAGGCUCCUGGGAAGAUGCAGCUCUGCUGACGGAGGCCAACCUGGCUGCCUCUGGCUCUGCCCCUGCCCCCGAGACCGUGGGCAGCUCGGAGCCCUCUGUGGGCUCCAUCCGACAGCGCCCCAUCUGCUCUAGCUCCUGAGCGAGUAGGGCCGAGUCCCCACAUGCUGGCCCUUUUCCACCUGCUCCCUUUCUCUCUCCGGGGCUCCCCCAAUAAUAAACUAUUUUCGUGCCA